GACCAGGUAAGGCCGGCACCCCCCUCCCUCCUACUUUCCCAGUAGAUCUAGGAUUCGUGUUUGACCUUACGCGCUCGUGUUCUGGAUUCACGGAUGGUGUGAGAGAUUGGGGCUUUUUUUAUUGUUCUGGAUCUGGACGGAUGAAGUUGGCCGUCUGCUUGUUGUGUAGAGGCUUCCUGUAAGAAUUUUAGGAUUUCGUGCAGGCUGUGACGUGCUCUUGUGAUGGUUCAGGCCGAUCUUCGAGAUGCUUGUAGUGCUGUACUGGUUUCACCUCUGUACUCAGCUUGUUUUGUUUUGUUUUUUUUUUCUGGUAGCUUACCUUGACCCUCUGGGCGUUUAGAAAGUGCAUUUCUGAAACAUGAUUGAUAUAUUGUUCUGACACAGUAUGGUUAGUUAUGAAAUUGAUACAUGUUUUGCACUAUUUUGGGUAAUGUAGAUGGACAACAGGAACCUUGUUAGGAGAAAAUUAUUGAUGCUUAUUACCGCAGCAGCAGCAUAUGCAGCUUCAUGUAUGGUGGCUUUGUUUGUGAUGUCUAGAAUAUUAAGCAAUAAAAGGCAACGUAUUACUUAUGGGCCAAUGGAGGAGAGGGAUAAGUCUAGAAUUGAGUAUCUUAACACAAGGAUCUACAAGGAUGAUACAACAUGCACAAAAAUGAUAAGGCUUAAGAGAAUCUCAUUUUUCCAGUUGUGCCAAGUUUUGAGGGAACGCUCUCUGUUACGUGACACUAAACAUGUAUGCAUUGAGGAACAAGUUGCCAUGUUCUUGAAUACAGUUGGUCACAACCUACGAAAUAGGUUAGUUGGUACUAAUUUUAAUAGGUCAGGUGAAACAGUUAGUCGGUACUUUGGAUUAGUCCUCCAUGCCAUAGGUGAGCUACGCAAUGAUCUUAUUCGGCCACCUUCAUUGGAGACCCCAGCCAAAAUUGCAGGGAACCCAAGAUGGGAUCCAUACUUCAAGGAUUGUAUUGGUGCUAUUGAUGGAACACAUAUAAGAGCAUCUGUUAGUAAGUCUAUGGAAGCAGCCUUUCGUGGUAGAAAAUCAUUUUCUACCCAAAAUGUUAUGGCAGCGGUAGAUUUUGACUUGAAAUUCACAUAUGUGCUGGCUGGUUGGGAGGGGACAGCACAUGAUGCUGUGGUUUUAGCUGAUGCAAUAGAGCGUGAGAAUGGACUACGUGUCCCGGAAGGAAAAUUCUACCUAGUUGAUGCUGGAUAUGGAGCCAAACCUGGGUUCAUGCCACCAUUCCGUGCUGUACGGUAUCACUUGAAUGAGUGGGGAAACAACCCUGUACAAAAUGCUGAGGAGUUGUUCAAUCUUAGGCACUCUUCUCUACGGGUGACCAUAGAGCGUGCCUUUGGAUCACUCAAGAGGAGAUUCAAAAUUCUUGAUGAUGCAACCCCAUUCUUCCCCUUCCGCACUCAAGUUGAUAUUGUCCUAGCUUGUUGCAUCCUUCACAAUUGGGUUAUUUCUCAAGGAACAGACCGUUUCAUUCUACCAGAGAGCAAUUGGACACCUAACCCUCGAAGGAUAACAAGGCAGCUAGCAAAUGACCAUAGGUUUAUGGUUGACAAGAGGCAAUUGAUUGCUGAAGCAAUGUGGGCAGAUCGUCAAAAUCACUACGGACAUUAAUAAUGUGCUUUGUAUUGUACCAAUGAAGUAUUUUUUGUGUUGUUUAUUUUCUCGAAUUUAUGUAGCAGCUAUGAACCAUUGUGUUGUGCCUAGUGGGAACCAUUGUGAUGUUGUAAUAUGAAUCAUUUUACUGUUUAAUAGGAAUGCUUGUGCUGUUUUGAUAUGAAUCCUUGCUGAUUUAAUAUGAAUAAUUUUUCUAUAUUAUGAAUUCUUGUGUUUCUUUUGUAUGUUGUAGGAG